CGCCGGCCCGUUCAUGACCCGCCCCGGGAGAAGCGCCCCAGCACUGGCCGGGAGCCGGGCUACCCCGAGCCGGCUCAGCCCGGCCUCUCCCACCUCCACUUCCGGAGAGUCGGCUGGGCUGUAUCCGCUGGGACUACAACUCCCGCCGUGCCCCGCGCCUAGGAAUCGUGACCACACCGGCUGCCCUCCCGGGGAAUACCGGGAAAGGAACGUUGCUUCCAGGGGAUACGCUAAAAAUGGCGCCGCGGCGACGCGAUGAUGUCACAAAGAUGGCGGACGCUGGAGAGCACCCUUACUGAUUCGAAAUGUGCUUAGCGAUUUGAAGCCACGAGAACGCAUUCCUCCUCGGAUUCCUAGUCUCCUGGCGAGGAGGCCCUUUUCCUUCUGUCUUUCAAAAUCACAGAUGCCUAGUUGCUGCCCGUGACCACGAACAGAGGCAGCGUCCCGGGUUGAUUGUUACAUCCAAAGGUGUAGCCGGCUCCCAAUCGGUUUCUAACGAGAAUUCUCCUUCAGAAGAGAUUCGUUCUAAGAAAAGGAAGGAGCCGCGAGACUCUCCAACUGCCCGCGGAAGGCAAGUUUUGUCUCGCAAAGUUUUGGGUCCAAGCGGCCCGUGACGGAUACUCAACGGUCUUCCACCUCACGGCGCCACGAUACUGCGCGUGCGCAAGCUCCUGUCAAACGUUUUUCUUCCGAGAAGAAAAACGGCGGGAGCCGCCGGUAUCAGGUGGAGCAAAAUGGCUCGGGAGAAUGAGAUGCAGGAGUUCACCCGUAGGUUCUUCCAAGGCCGCCCGGACCUCAGCACGCUUACGCACUCCAUCGUGCGGCGGAGGUUCUUGGCUCACGCGGGCCGCGACCACCUGGAGCCCGAGGAGAAGCAGACGCUGAAGCGGCUAGUGGAGGAGGAGCUGCUGAAGAUGCAGGUGUGGGCCCGAGCCUGGCCACCGCAGGCGGGGGUUGUGGCCGUGGAGGAGGGGCCUGAGAGCACAGCCAACGUGGGCAGUAUCAAUGGUGAGGCAAGUGACUCGGAGAAGGAGGUGAGUGACAGCGAGGCAGAGGGGACCCCCAAGAAGGAGAGGAAGAACCGCUCUUCCAAGAAGAGCUCCAAGAAAGGCAGGACACGAAACUCCUCCUCCUCUUCCACAGAUGGCAGUCCAGAACAUAAAGGCAGGAAGGCUGGCUCUGGUCGCCCUGGUGAGGACCACCCAUCUGUGAUGAGGCUAAAGCGCUACAUUCGGGCCUGUGGGGCUCAUCGAAACUACAAGAAGCUGCUGGGCUCCUGCCGUUCACACAAGGAACGCCUGAGUGUUCUCCGGGCAGAACUGGAAGCCCUGGGCAUGAAGGGUAACCCUUCCUUAGAGAAGUGUCGGGCCCUGAAGGAGCAGCGGGAAGAGGCAGCUGAGGUAGCCUCCUUGGACAUUACCAACAUCAUCAGUGGUUCAGGCCGGCCACGCAGACGCACAGCCUGGAACCCUGCAGGAGCAGCAGCCCCACCAGGGGAGCUAUACUGCAGGACCCUGGACUCAGAGGAAGAGCGGCCCCGCCCCCCACCCCCAGACUGGUCACAUAUGCGUGGCAUCAUCAGCAGUGAUGGCGAGAGCAACUGAGCUCCCCCUGUCCCCAGGAGGGACUUUGCACUUGUAGAAAGCAUAUACAGCAUACCCACCCCAACUCUGCCUGCAGAGCAGAAGCAGCUUUCUUUGGAGAAGACUCGCAGCUCCCAGGGACACAAGUUAUUGGGAUUCUACUUCUCAGCUUCACAUUCCCAGUGUAAAGUGUUUACAGGGAUUUAUUUUUGAAGACUCAAUAAAGGAGUGUUUGAAUCACCUCAUCAAAA